GUGAUAUUUUUGUGACAAGAAUUAUCAAGGAAAUAAGCGAGAAAAAUCCUUAGAUCACAUAAAAUAAUUUCUCCUCGUCUCGUUUUAACAUCAAAAUGGAAUCCAAAAAACCUAGAAAGAAACCAACCAAGAUCGAGGAAAUGACUAAGGAACAAGUUCGACAAGCGAUCCUUAAGAAACGUGAAAGUAACGCGAAAGCUCUAACUAUCGUGGAGAAUUUGUUAGAAACCAAUAUUUCCGAGACGUACUUAAUGGAAUGCCUGCCCGAUAUCAACCAGAGCCACUUCGAGGACGUCAUAGAAGAGAGGUCCAUCCUGCACAUCUGUGGUUACCCUUUGUGCGAUAAACCUAUCUCUGUGAAGGACAUUCCUAAACAAAAGUACCGAAUAUCGGUGAAAACUAACAAGGUGUAUGAUAUAACUGACAGAAAGAGCUUCUGCAGUAACCACUGUUACAAUGCAGCAAUGCAUGUGAAAAAACAGAUGUUGACGAGUCCUCUAUGGUUUAGAGAGUAUGAGGAUAUCCCAAACUUCCAUUUGCUUCCAUUGGACGCGGUAGGGAGAAUGGGGCAGGAGGUAGAUGUUUCUAUCAUAGAAAAGGUGAAGACAGUGGAGCGCCCAGCGUUUACAUCUAUUAAUGAAUUCGCAAACGCCAGUUUGCAUGAAAUGGGAGGCAAUCAAAAUAAAGAUAAUGAUGAACCAAAAAAGAAACCAAUAAAAGCUGAAUCUGAAGUGAAAAAUAGUAUAGAAAAUACCAGCAAAAUAAAUCAAGAAUCAGGCUCAAGUACAACAAAACUAGUACAAGAAAAUUCAAAAUCACCGGAAGUUAUGAAACCAAAAGUUACUCCAAAUCCACUAAGCAUUGUGGGAGAAAUCAUAGAGAGGCCGGAGCGGAAAAUAGACCCAAUUCUCUCAAACAAGCCCCCGGAAUUGAAAACUCAAGUGUCACAGAGUAAAAAGGUCCAACAAAAGAAGCAACCUGCCAUUAUUGUUAUUACUAUUGAAGUAGAAAAAUGCUUGACCGAAUGGUUCACCAUAGAUACCAUGAUGUUCUUGUUAGGAGAAGAAAAAGUAAGGGAACUGGUCACAGAUAAAGGUGAAUGCAUUAAAGAAUACAUGAACAACUAUGCCCAAAGCAUAUUCUAUAACUCAAACAACUACGAUCAAUAUCAGGCUUUAUGCCGAAAGCUAAACAUGCUUGAGUUUGAAGACAGAAAGAUUGAUGCUAAAGCAAAGAGGGAGUUAAAGCCAUUACCCGACUACUCAAUACUACAGGAAGAGAGCAAACGAAUGCAAUUAAAAAUUAAGGCAUAUUUAGAAGGCAAAACGGAGAUACCAGAACCAUCAACAGAGACCAAUGACGCCAGCGAGGAUUCUAACGUAACACAGUUACCAUUAGUUGACAAGAAUGCUCAGAAUGCACUACGCAGAAACAUAGUCUGUCAGCACUUGAAUAAAGUGUUACCAGACUUGUUACGGUCUCUAGGUUUAUCAACUUUCUCUGUCAGUGCGGAGUUAAAAUUACUCGUAAACACUUUCAAGUUAAGUGCAAAUAACAUUAUGUUUAAGCCAAUCCAGUGGACGCUAAUAGCGAUAAUAGUGUUAAAGCUACUUUCUUUGCGGGAUAAACGGUUGGAAUAUCACCUGGAGCAACAAACAGCGUUCCAGCACAUGCAGCUGUUGUUGCUGAGUUAUAAGCAGGAUGGUGGAUAUGUGGACAGGCUGAUCUCCUGGUUGACUGACAUUGACAGGCUACUGGAUAACAACGGAACGCAAAUGACACUGAACUGAA